GGGCAAGCGUGAGAGCUUCAACACUUUCUGCACAUCCCGUCGCCUGCUGCUCUAUCUAGGUCUGAAUUAUGUCGCACUCUUAUCUGCUCCGUCUCGUGGUAAUUUGACUCCAUUGUUGACCUCACACGUAUUGCUCCGAGUUUGAGCCAGGCGUCUCUAGCUGCUUGAGCUGAGCAACACAGCACCAUGCACGAACGCCUCAUGUCGCAAGAGGCUUUGUUUUGGCUUCACUAUAUCGUCAUUCAGUGCGCUCUAGAAUCUUGCUAUCUCGUCUGACUCGUGCGAACAGAUUUCCCAGACACAUAUGUAGACGUCGCGACCAACCCUAUAUAGAUGCAGCACGACAAGCGCAUUCGGUCACCAACUAUCCCGACAUCACAAACUCUCUUAUAGCACUUCAAAUUAGCCAAUAUGUUUGCAAACACGACGUCUCCGAUAACGCCACCACAGUUCUUUCAACCAAAUACCGUGGGCUGGCCUUCCCUCUUCUUUGGUCUACUUCCCUUCGCUAUAAACUCCAUGACCCAGCCUGCGGGCAUGGUAUGCGGAGCCAAUGCAGACGUGGGUUUUUUACUGAGGAGCUCACCUAUCAUAUGCAUCCUCGAUGCGUUUCUAGUCCUCUGGGACCUCUUCUCCAUUUACCGAGUUCAAGGAUCGUUUUCGAGAGCCCAGGACGAGAUGAUACAGCGCCGUUUCCGAAGUGAGAUAUAUCGUGGAUUCAAGAAGGCCAAGGAGCUAGACAUAUUGCGGAGCAGCGAGCAAGUCUUUCGCGUAGUGGCCUUCUUGCUCAGCGCAUCGCAGAUGAUCAAGUUAUUUGGGUACAGUGGGUUGGUCUGGGCCAAGAUUAUCGCCGCGGCGUAUCUGAUGUCUUUCCUCAUCAUUGAGAUGUUGGUGGUAUGGCCUGUGGCGAACAAGAAGGCCAUCAAGGAUGCUAAACAGAACAUAUCUGCUGAGCGUACUUCCAUUGCGCUGGCAGUCAUCUUCUUGCUUCCGUUCGCAGCGAUGGCCUGUAGGGACAUUGUUGGCUGGUCGGAUCAUACGCUUCUGCAAUGGGUUGGUAUUGUGAUAGGAAGCUUGGGAUUCAUAUCGGCUGUGCCUGCCAUGGGAUACUCGUAUUGGCAUCGCGAGCCAGGCACCAGGAGUGAGAUCGCAACAUCGGCAGUCAUUCUUGUCCUGGUGCUCGGGACGCCUAUAGGAUUCUAUUUCACAGGACGAAUCAUUCCAGAAUCUAUGCCUGGUAUCUGGGUCAAAGUUUUGUGUGGGGUGGUCGCGUUUGUGUGGGGUGGAAUUGCACUUUUGUAUGGCACUAAGACUACGGAGUCUGUUAGGCGACCGAAGAAGGAGAAGCAGCGGAAGACGGUCGAGCAGGUGGGGGCAUGGUAUUUCUUCCUUCUUCACCUAGUGACGUCUCUGUUAUAUUACAUGUUUAGUUAUGAUCCCAGUGGCACAAUCAGGCCUGCAUGGACGGAAUGGCUAGAUUAAUGACCAGG